CUCGCGAACUGGCUUCUGUAUAAACCGAGGCUAAACAAACACAGACGGAGCGCAGCGGGCGUUCAGCAGAAGGCCGGCCAGGCGGCAGCGGCUCGGGAGGACACCCCGAGCGCUCGGGAGCGCACGGCGCGGCGGCCCCGCGGAGCCGGCGGCGCAGCUGCCCGGCGAGGGGGCGGGGGCGGGGGCGGGGGAGGGGGAGGGGGAGGGGGAGCGCGACCGACUCCGCGGCGCGGAGCGCGGGCGCGCGUCCCGGGCACCCCACGCCGCUGUCUCGCGCGCUGUCCGCACCAUGAAGCACAUCCCGGUCCUCGAGGACGGGCCGUGGAAGACCGUGUGCGUGAAGGAGCUGAACGGCCUCAAGAAGCUGAAGCGGAAAGGCAAGGAGCCGGCGCGGCGCGCGAAUGGCUGUAAAACUUUCCGAUUGGACUUGGAAGCUCCCGAGCCUCGCGCCGCCGCCACCCUCGGGCUUCGGGACAGGACCCAGAGGCUACAGCCCGUCCCGGUCUCGGCCCCGGUGCCAGCCCCAGUGGCGCCGGCUGUUCCCCCAGGUGGGGGCGCGGAUACUGGCGGGGACCGCGGGGGCGCCCGAGCGCCGGAGGUCUCUGACGCGCGGAAACGCGGCUUCGCUCUGGGCGCAGUGGGGCCGGGACUCCCCACGCCGCCGCCGCCUCCAGCACCCCAGGGCCAGGCACUUGGGGGUCCCGAGGCACAGCCUUUUCGGGAGCCCGGCCUGCGUCCCCGCAUCUUGCUGUGCGCACCUCCUGCGCGCCCGGCACUGUCUGCACCCCCAGCGCCCCCAGUGCCCUCGGCGCCCGCGGACUCCUCGGUGCGUCCUGCGCCCCCCACGCGCCCGGGGGAAAGUUCCUACUCGACAAUUUCACACGUAAUUUACAAUAACCACCCAGAUUCUUCUGCGUCGCCUAGGAAACGGCCGGGCGAAGCGACCGCCGCCUCCUCGGAGAUCAAAGCCCUGCAGCAGACCCGGAGGCUCCUGGCGAACGCCCGGGAGCGGACGCGGGUGCACACCAUCAGCGCAGCCUUCGAAGCGCUUAGGAAGCAGGUGCCGUGCUACUCCUAUGGGCAGAAGCUGUCCAAGCUGGCCAUCCUGAGGAUCGCCUGUAACUACAUCCUGUCCUUGGCCCGCCUGGCAGACCUCGACUACAGUGCCGACCACAGCAACCUCAGCUUCUCCGAGUGUGUGCAGCGCUGCACCCGCACCCUGCAGGCCGAGGGACGUGCCAAGAAGCGCAAGUGUGUGCUGGAGGCCUCGGGUCUCCUGGGCUCCAAGAUCCGGCUCCUCUGCUCCUGGGCCUGUGCCCGGGAGGUCCCAGCACAUGCCCACCCUUAUGUAAGCAGCCCCAGGCGGCUCGGAGACUCGGUGGCUAGGCGCCGGAGCCAGCAGCCCAGGCGGCGGAGGGGUGGGCGAGGCAUCCGCGAUCGGCACCCCCCAGGGCUGGGCCGCCAGCGAGGCCUGACACCGGAAAGCCGUUCAGAGCCGUCGUCACUCAGCGUCCAGCAGCGCGAGCAGCUGGUUUGGAGCAGCAGGGAAAACCGUGCAAAAGGUCCUUUGUGA